AUUCACUACAGGCGACCGAAACCACGCCCCGCUACGAUGGCGGACGGAGCGCCGUCACGGGUUGUGGUUUCGAGGUUUCCCAUCAAGCAGUAUAUUCCUCUGCGUACCGCUAGGCAAGGAUCAGCGCCUGGGUUUCGCGCACGCAUGCUAACCAGCGUGAAGAAAGACGUCACCACAGAUCCAACAUACGCGGUCACAAAGUGGUCGAAACAACCCACCAAACCCUCCCCAGGAGCACAUGCGGAAGUGAGCCGACCCAAAACGGCCAGCGGCGGCUCGGGCAGCAAAAAGCUCCAACACGCCCUCGUGUGUGCUCGAUUGUUGGCUGAAAACAAGGCAUUCGAACUCGCAUCGCAGCGAGCAAAUGCCAUUACAAGCGGGAAGCAGACUAGUGACAAGACACCAACACGGGGGCGAUGUAAAAGUGCCAGCAGUGUCAAACGCGUGAUAAAGACUCAGAAAGAGUCGGUCCAGACGCUGCCGCCAUCAACCACGACGACGAACAACAACCAGCGACACCAUCCAUUGCCUCGAUGCAAGUUCCAAACCGUCGAGCACCAAGUCAUCCCGCUCACAGCCAUCAUACAAGCCCUUGCCACGAUUGUCGCGAAACCGGCAAAUCGACCCGAGCGAGACGAGAUUUGCUUUAGCAUGCUGGACGAGGACAACGUGCACACGACCACCCUCGACGGGUACGUUCUCGGCAAGGUGGUAGGCGUGGGAACGUUUGGCAAAGUACGCGUGGCGACCCAUAAGGUGUCGAGCCAAGUGGUGGCCAUCAAGUCGUACGAGCGCAGCCGCACCAAAGAUGCCGCGCAAUGGAAGCGCAUUCAAUACGAAGCCAAGCUCAUGGAGAAACUCGACCAUCCGUACAUCAUUCGGUUGUUUGAGACGAUUGAAACCUCCACCAAGCUGCACAUUGUCAUGGAAAACGUCAGCAGCGACGUGGGAAACUUGUGUGAGUUUGUCAAACGGCAAAAGCGGCUGGCCGAAGACGACGCGGGGCUGCUGUUUAUGCAAGUCGUGUCGGCAGUCAUGUACAUGCACAGCAUGCAGCUCGUCCAUCGAGACAUCAAACUGGAAAACAUCCUCCUCGACCGCUACGGCAACACCAAGCUCGUGGACUUUGGCUUUAGCGCCGUGCAGUCGACGUCCAAGCCGUUUUCAACCUUUUGCGGAACGCCCUGCUAUAUGGCCCCAGAGAUUAUCCAUCGCAAAACGUACUGGGGCCAACCCGUCGACGUAUGGAGCCUCGGCGUGCUGCUGUUUGCGAUGCUUUGUGGGUACUUCCCCUUUCGCGCGCGCAACUACAACGACUUGUACCGCAAAAUCGUCAAGGGCGGGUUCGACAUCCCUGGCUUUGUCACUCCAGACGCCCAGGCGUUGCUAAGGGGCAUGCUGGAGGGCGACCCAACAAAAAGACUGCAGCUGCAUGACGUGAGAAGCCACAUCUGGACUCGUCAAUUUCACACCGCAAGACACCAACAUCUGCCCCUGUACCGUCAACUUAGCUUGGAUCUCCUCGCAGAUGCCGUCAAAUCGGUGCUACAGCGCCAGCUUCUAGAUCACAUGGAAGUUCUCGGCCUUCCACGCAGCAUGGUGGUCACAGCCUUGACUGGCAAACUGUACAAUGGCCUGUCCACGCUGUACUACCUAUUGCUGUACCGAGCUGAAUCUAUGUGUCGCGAGCUCAAUUCCCCAACCACAGCGACCACGUUACCGUCUUCAACUACAACGUCCUCCACUGCUGAAUCGCUGAGAGCGUCGUUUCCGUCGACGGCCGCGUCCGAAGCCCUGCCUGUACAUAUCCAACCCGAGGGCUCCAUCACAUUAUACUCUCUGACCCAACUUAGCGGUCCACCGCCGCCACCCCCCGAAGAAGACUUGCACUCAGAAGAAAACGAUCCGAUCGCCCUGUGGCAAAGUCGAGAGCUGCGCGAUGUCGUGGAAAUAUUAGACAAGGGCAUGUAACACUAAUCCAACCCCCGCCACAUAUAACACUAAUUCAACCCCUGUCACAUACCAUUAGUACUUAUCCCGCGAUGUGUGGUUCAGAGGGGGCACGGCCAUUCGUUUCUUGGGCACAUCGCAGCCUGUGUGUGGUUUUUUCACUGCAAUGGGCGGCAGACUAGCAUGUGACUGUACCCUUGUGGGGACUGGUGGAUGCACCGCCUUCGCGUUGGGUAGCUUGGGCAAGAACGCUCCUUGUUUCGUGUUGAUCUGGCGUUGCAACUCGCUGCAUUCUGCCGCACACGUGUCCAGCUGCGACUGGGCCAUCGCGAUGGCUUCCUGCAACCGCGCCGUUUGUUUUUGCAUGCGGUGGACUUCGUGCGUCGUCGUGGCUUGGACGUGGAUGGCUUUUUGCAGGUAGUACCCUUCGUCCGUUCGCUGCAACGUCUUCUCUCGUUUCAACAGUUUGAGCUUGGCGUUUGCUUUCUCGGUCGCUGUGACCGAGUCAGGCUGGUUCAGCUGACGCCACGUUGUCUUGAGCUGCUCGUGGCGACAUUGCACUGCCUUCCACUUGGCUUCUUCCUCGUCCGAGACAACGGCGUGGCUCUUUUUGCAAGCUUGGAUCUUCUUGCGCAUGAUGUCCAGUUCCGUCAUCGUUUUCUGGAGAAGUGUUUCCCACUCGUUUGCGUCGAUGCUUUCUUUUUGCCGCUUGGUCACCCGUUGAAGGCUCUUCUUUUCCGAUGCCAGCUGUUCGAGCACGACGUCGUACUCACGAUCACCUCCUCCGCGGUUGCCUUGGCGAGGUUUCGACAUUCCUUCCUUGGAGGGAUGUUUGCUCGUGUCUAGGAAAAGUUGUUUUAACCGAACGUUUUCCACUUGAAUCUCGUGUAACUCUGCCAGCGCGGCUUGAAUAUCGUCGUCUGUGGCUGCGCUCGUGCCGGCCACUGUUUUGUCGUCGUCGUCGUUGUGCGUGGACUUUGGCCUGUUGGUUUUGGGUGGCGAAUACGCAGCAAGCACAGUUGGUGGCAGUUUGAGGGGCUUAAGGCUGCUCGCUGCUUUCAUUAGACUAGUUGGAUGGUGCCCGUGGUGGAAUCCCCUUGGAGGUCGCAAUCCAGAGGGUUGGGUGGGGUGUUUACCCUUCGCCUUCAAUGAUGGAAACAGCCGGCUCAAGUGCGCGUGGACUUGUGCCUUGCUCAAGCAUCCGUCGACGUGCACUACCUUUGUAUGCGCAGCCAACACGGCUUCGAUGUCAACGCAAUGCGCUCGGUAUUGCGCCAAACUCAAGCGCACGGCACCUUCCGUGUCGUCUGUUCUCAGCUUGACGUCCACGCCGGGCGGCGGCGGGUCGAACGUCACGUGGUACGUGUGGUCCGUAACUGGGUCGAACCGUCGGCCACUGAUACGGUGCACCACUUCGUUGUCGUCCACGACAUCGAGGACCACGACGAUAUCUGGAACGAUGUCAUGCUCUACCAACGCCUUGGCUUGGCCACUAGUGCGAGGGAACCCGUCGAGCGCCCACCCAUUGGUUCGGCACUCCCGCGCCCGAAGGAUCUCCACGGUUGUGCCGACGAUAAGUGAGUCUGGAACAACAUCCCCCACCUCGACAUAUACCUUUGCCUUCACUCCCACGCGGGUUUCAGCGUCAAUCGACCGCCGCAGCAUUUCGCCCACACUAAAGUGCACCACGCCCAAGUGCUCGUGAAGCCAGUGGCAAUGAUACGAUUUGCCCGAGCCUGGUGGGCCUAAUACGGCUACCGUCGGUGGUUGAUGGGUUUGAGACGCCACAGCCGCAUGGCGCAAUACAGCCUUUUUGGCCAGCCGCAAAUGGUCCGACUCGCUCAAAGAGAGUUCUUCGUCCGCAUAUCCCCCACCCUUCCGUGCUAUCGUUUCAACGACCUCGAUCGCGGUGUCGACACUUUUCACCACGCCCGGUUUGGGCAGCAUCCCGUCCACAUGCAAGAUCGUCGACAGCGGCACAAACGUGUCCACGACGGCAUCGCAGUUGGCGUGGUAUGUGGCCAGACGCACUCGGAUCGUUUCUUCGUUGUCGUCACUUCGCUGCACCACAUCCACACCCGGCGGCGGCGGAUUGAACGUCACGUGGUACGUCUUGCCGGUGGUGAGGUCUACUCGGCGUCCAGAGAUGCGCGCCACCACUUCGUCGUCCGGGACGUGCAGCACCAGCACGAGGUCGGGAACGAUGCCCGCGUCGACCAUGGCCUUGGCUUGGACGGGUGUUCGUGGAAAUCCGUCCAGCAGCCACCCCUUCUGCGCGCAGUCAGGCGCUUGAAGCCGCUCUAAGAUGACGUGCACAAUCAAGUCAUCGGGCACGAGGGUUCCAGCGUCCAUGAACUGUUUGGCGCGAAGGCCCGUGUUCGAGUUGACCUGGAUGGCCGCUCGGAGCAUGUCCCCUGUCGACAGGUGCACGACGCCAUACUUUUCGACCAGUCGUUCGCACUGGGUGCCUUUGCCGCCUGCCGGGGGUCCGCAAAUGACGAGUCGAAGGGGGUGCUUCAUGCUAGAUUUGUCGCGGUGGUGUUGCCGCGGGUUCGGAGGCUUCGUGGUUUUGCCAGGGGAUGUCAUGGCUUGUACAAUUUGGCUGGCGAUGUCUUCUAUGGGAAGGGAGCCAUCGACGGUCAAACGCCGACAUAUAGACGCAAACGAGUCCACGACCGCGCCACAAUGUUCGUGAUAAGUGGCGAGCCGGACGCGGAUCGUUUCUUCGGUAUCGUCGCUACGUUGAACCACUUCCACGCUCUCGGGGGGUGGGUUGAACUCGACGUGAUACGAUUUACCUGUCGCCGGGUCCAGGCGGCGACCCGCUAUUCGCGACACCACUUCGUCGUCUGGGACGUUGAGGACGACAACCAGCGACGGGGAAAUGCCCCCAUCGAGCAUGGCUUGGGCUUGACCGGCAGAUCGCGGGAAGCCAUCGAGCAGCCACCCUCGCUCGACACAGUCGGGCUGCUUCAGGCGGUCCAAAACAGCGUGAAUGAUCAAUUCGUCUGGAACGAGGUUGCCUGCGUCCAUAAACGCUUUGGCUUGUAAACCGACGUCGGUGCCGGCUUUAAUGGCAGCUCUAAGCAUGUCCCCCGUAGAAAGGUGGACCAUUCCGAAUUGCCGGACAAGGAGGUCGCAUUGGGUGCCUUUUCCGCCCGCAGGGGGGGCACAAAGGACUAGUUUCGGCGGCGCGGCUAUUGUUUUAAUCGGGGACGACUGCUUUUGAAUGUUUUUCGGCUUGCUCUCGUAGGGAGGUGGAACGUCCGACGUCGACGCUAUCUUUGCUUGUAGUUUCGUCGACCGAGGGGUGGACUUGCCAGAGAUUUGACGGAGUCCACUGGGGCGAGGAGAUUCCAUUAAUUCAUGGUGCUCUUUGAAUGAGAUUUGCGGCUUUGGUGAGCGAAAUCCCUUGGCUUCUCCUUCCACCAAUACUUGUCGCUUAAAGGGGGAGGUCGAAACACCAGUCGGAAUGGCCUGAAUCCCGGUGUCCGCCUGUGUCACCACUUCCAGUUUGGGCAGCAUCCCGUCCACAUGCAAGAUCGUCGACAGCGGCACAAACGUGUCCACGACGGCAUCGCAGUUGGCGUGGUAUGUGGCCAGACGCACUCGGAUCGUUUCUUCGUUGUCGUCACUUCGCUGCACCACAUCCACACCCGGCGGCGGCGGAUUGAACGUCACGUGGUACGUCUUGCCGGUGGUGAGGUCUACUCGGCGUCCAGAGAUGCGCGCCACCACUUCGUCGUCCGGGACGUGCAGCACCAGCACGAGGUCGGGAACGAUGCCCGCGUCGACCAUGGCCUUGGCUUGGACGGGUGUUCGUGGAAAUCCGUCCAGCAGCCACCCCUUCUGCGCGCAGUCAGGCGCUUGAAGCCGCUCUAAGAUGACGUGCACAAUCAAGUCAUCGGGCACGAGGGUUCCAGCGUCCAUGAACUGUUUGGCGCGAAGGCCCGUGUUCGAGUUGACCUGGAUGGCCGCUCGGAGCAUGUCCCCUGUCGACAGGUGCACGACGCCAUACUUUUCGACCAGUCGUUCGCACUGGGUGCCUUUGCCGCCUGCCGGGGGUCCGCAAAUGACGAGUCGAAGGGGGUGCUGCUGCUGUUGCUGCUGGGGACGGCGAGGGGGGUAUUUUGGGCUGAUGACGACGAUGGGGGACGAGUCUGGCUCUGACGAAUGCACUUUACCUCGUGCAGCGCCAUGCCAUUCGCGCAACUCUGCAUCUGUUGUGGCCAACGGCACUCGAUUGGAUUUGGCGAGAUUGCGCCUGCAGGACUGCCGCCUGCGAACUUGGUACUGGAGGUGGAUGAUCCCAGAGAUCGUGCGGUGUUCGACGUCGUCAAACACGUAACUCAUGGGCACGAUGGUCGAAAGCGGUGUGAUUUCCAUCGGAGGCAAGUCUUCCGCGAUCACAUCGCCUACAUCCACAGACAAGUCCAGGUGGCGCCGCGUCUCCAUGUCCAACCUUUCCAAUUGGUUUCAGUGUAACUGACAACGUUACGACAAC